AUGGCCCCCAAGGACGCAACAGACGCCUACGCGGGCGACGACAACGUCUCCACUCAGCAGCUCCUGACGCCCAAGAGCUCCUCCACUGGUGGGCCCACCACCAUUUCCACUUCCACGGCUCCGGCUGCUGCGCCUGCCUCACCCGAGCGGCGCAAGAAGCGCCAGCGCAGCUCAUCCGUCGCCAUCGACUGCGAGGUUUCCCCCAAGAAGACGCGGAAGCGCUUGCGCUGGUCCACCAUCACCGUCCACGAGUUCGGCGUGGGGCUGGGCGGCAGCUCGGUUCCCGGCAAGGGCGGCCCCUCCAUCGGCCUGAGCGACAAGCCCGAGUUCACGUGGACGACCAAUGUGGGCGAGAUGGCCGAGUGCGUCGAGGGCGUGCACCGCUUCACGCCCGAGGAGCGCGUGCGGCUGCUGCAGAGCGCGGGCGUGAGCGAGGAAAUGAUCCUGCGCUUCUCGCGGAAGGCCAACAUCAUCAACUGCUCGCGCCGGAGGACGCUCGUGGAGAACAUCGCCGAGCGGAAGGCGGCCAAGAAGCAGCAGCGCAAGCUGGAGUCCCCCCGCCCCUGCUCUUCUGCAGUCCUCGACCGACCGCGCAUGAUCCCGGUCAACUACGUGUAA